GUAAACAACACUAGUUCAAGUAACUCUCCAAUGUUGCAACAUGCUCAUCCAGGACAAGUGAAUUCUGCCAAGCCACUAACGUGAUGCAAUCAGCUGGGUUUCCUUAGAUAGAAGAAUUUUUAACCAGUGUGUCGCACUGUAAAGCGUCUUGAGAUGAAAUGUCUCCAAUUGGUGCUAUAUAAAUACAAUGAUUUGAUAUGAUGUGAUCUCUUGCAUUUUCAUUUGACCAAUUGUCUUUAGUUUAAUCUGUUCCUUCUGUGAAAUUGCAGGAGCGCCACAGACUUGCAACAUUUAUUGCACCAAAUGCAAAGAACAACUUCCAUGCUGGAAGAGAGAUUGUCCAGCACCAUAACCCAUGGUUCAUCAACUGGAUUAAGUUCCUCUUCAACAGACACACAUGCAAUAGCCUCAACUUCAUCUGUAGCCACAUCUGCAUUAUAUUCCAUGACAAUGCCAGCUGCACCUUUCUCAACGUCAUCUGUUCAUCAGUCUCCUCAUAGUUUUUAUGUGCCACGCCCUGUCAGUCUCCCAUCAGGGUCGAAUUCAACACAGUCACGUCUUCAGAGCAAUGCAAGGCCGAUCUUUGAGCAGGCUUCUCCUUAUGCUUCCUUUUCACCGCAAUCCACCAGUGAGGAAGAAAUGCAGGCAACCUUGCCAGACUUUUUAGAACUCGUAGCACUCCAAUGGCAUGGCGAGGGAAGUCAGUGAAACGUAAAAGAGAGGUUCCUUGGAUACAUACCUUUGUUUGCCUACUUGAACCUGAGAUGCUCUCUGUGCCACAUUUAGAGGAAAGCAGGUUUUAUGAAGCCUGUGGGAUAGGGAAAAAAGUAAUAAACUUUCACAACAAUAUGGGUGAUCACACAUAUCUGACUGAGCACUUAUACAGCACCUUUCCACCACUGAGGGAUGCUGGUGGCUACAUUCUGGCUAAGAGUGACAGAGGAAAGCGCUUAAUUAAGAUCCCUAUCCCUCCUUUGGGAUAUAGCAUCCAGUUCCUAAGGCAUGAGGUUGACAUCAAGAGAGCCCCUCUCUACAUUAUUCCAUUGCAGCGGGGACUUACACUAAACACACCAAUAGAGGAGGUUUGUCCUGUUAUGGAACGCUGUUUGAAUUGUGACAAGGACUUUCCACUAUUUGAACUGCAGGGACAUUUUCAUCUAUGCCAAAAAAAUGAAAAACAUUGUCUGAAGAGGUCACCAGAAUGCCCAGAGGAAGGUACAAAAAGUGAUGACGAUGAAGACCUUGCCACAGCCAUAAUCUUGUCCCUCCUGGUGGUUUUUGCAGUUUUAAUUAUACAAAUAAAGCUACGAACUGUGAAAACAUGUGAAAACGGUUUGGAAACUGAAACCUCAUCUUGUCAAUCUGCAGAAGUACAGAUAGAGGAGUCCCCCAUUUUGAUACCAAAUAUCAGCAACAUCGACACACAGUCCACUGCAGAAAUUGAAAAUGAGCUGGAUGCUGCUGCAAUACUGCAAAGUCUUACCAGUCUGGUGGAUGAAGGGACACCUCCCCGGUCUAACUAUGUCAAUGUGGUGUAGAUAAUGGCGACUACAGGAAUCUGGGACAAAUGAUAAGUGUGGCCCUUGUCCAUGGAGGAAUCAAACCCUUAUUUUUUUCCCAGCGAUUUUACCACAGCACAGCCAGUCGUCCAACACCCCCAGUCACUCUUGAAGAAGUGGAUGACAGAGAACUGCAGGAACAACUGCAAAGGGUAAUAACUGCAGAAACUCUGGCAGAAGCACGGGAUGCCAUAAUGGAGGCUUCAGGUUCUCUUUGUCUUCUUGGCUGUUCUGCGGGUCUCCGAAGUCUGGAUGAAAAGGAGUACUUUACAUAACAAGCUCUAAGGGCAUAUGUUGAAGGAAGGACACAGAAAGCUUUGGAGCAAUUUGUGGAUGGGAUGAAUGCCAUGGGCCUUGCUGAAAAAAUAAGAAGCCACAUAGAGGAACUGGAACCACUAUUUGUGGGUGGACCCAAAGCCCUUCAGCUCCAGGACCUCCUGGAUCUUUUCAGUGUAUCUUUUGCUGAACCAGGAAGCAACAGGCGCAGAGCACAGAACCAAACAGUCAUGUUGUGGAAUGACUGGCUGAUUGAGGUGGAUGAGGGAAUGCGACCAGUGACACUGGAACAAAUAUUAGUGUUUGUUUCAGGAUUGAACUCAAUCCCCCCACUUGGGUUUCCCCGACGUCCAACCAUUGAGUUUCUUCAAUGUGAUGAUGGCAGUAGAAAACUGUAUCCAGAGGCGAACACCUGUGAGGUCACUGCGCCUCCCCAUCCACCAGACCUAUGACAGCUUUGUGCUCUACAUGGAGUCUGGCCUGAUACAGGCUCCAACGUUUGGAUUCCUUUAGAAUCAAACUUGAUUUGUUUUUUUUUUUGUUUUUUUGUUCUAGUGUGUGAGGUCAAAGGUUAGUUUCAUUGACAUCAGUUUAAGUUUGUCUGCGAUAUAAACUAAAGUAAUGCAUUUUCAGUUAAAAUGAAAAAAGGUUAUUUUCAUGAUUGUCAGUUAUGGUUGCAAAAUGUUUGUAAUUUGUGAGAUGAGCAGUUUUGGUUGUGGAUUUAUUUCAUUAUUUUAAGGAACAUAUUCUUGCAAAUAAAGCCUAUAGUGACUUUCCCCAACUGUUUUUAUUUUAUUCCAGUGUGGGGUUGCCAAAGUACAGAUAUGGUGUCACCUCCAUGUUGAAGAUCUCUGAUGUAGAGCAUGGAUUUUCAUUGAAGAUUGCUAGACAC